AUGAGGCUUUCUUUAGCAUUUCCUAAUCACAGCUCCAGAGCCAUUUUUGGAAGAGAAAUAUGCAGCACCGGGCUCCCGGUCUCGUCCCGCUCUCGGGAGGCCUCCGUUGCCAGGAGGAUCGCGGUCCCGAUCCCGCGGCACACGAGCCCUCGGGCACACAGCCGCCCGCCCCCUCGCGAAGCCCCGCCCCUCGCCGCCGCCGCCGCGGAUUGGUUGGCGCGGCCGAGGGGCGCCGCGAGGCCCCGCCCCGUCCCGCGGCGCCCCCUGCGGGCCCCGCGGCGCCUGCGCAGCGGCCGCGGCCGUUGUUGUGGAGGGGCCGGUCAAGAUGGCGGCCGGGCAGGGGGGCGGCGGCGGCAACAACGGCAGCGGCAGCGGGAGCGGGACGGCGGCCGGGAGCGGAGCCGCGGGGCUCGGCAUCCCCGCGCACCUGACUCUCUCCUUCUCGUCGGGGCCGCACUGGGGCGCGGCAGCUCUGCCGCAGUCGCACACGGUGCGCAGCCUGGAGCGGGCCCUGGAGGAGGCGGGCAGCUCGGGCAUCCUGUGCCUGAGCGGGAGGAAGCUGCGCGACUUCCCCGGCAGCGGCUGCGACCUGAGCGACACGACGCAAGCAGGGCACCUGAGGCGUGGCUACGGGAAAGCUCCUCCUUUGCAGCAGAAGCUAAAGGAUCCCUGGCCGUUUUCUCCUCUUUUGUUGAAGAGCUUUUGAACAGCUACAGGAAUGAUUUUGCAGACAGAAGAUUGCGUGCUGCUUUUAGCCGUGGUGGAGUAUUUAACUCACAAGCAGAAGCUGCAUCAGGGGCUCCUCUAGCUCUGUCUGUCUCCAAAGAGAAGGCUAAAGAGCAGAAGGACAAGGAGGCUGGGGAGGAGGAACAAAGUGAACUUCCCUCUGUUCUCAGAGAUGAUGGUGAACUUUCCACGGUUCUUGAAGAUGUUGGUGAAUUUCCCACCAUUCUGGAAGAUGCCAGCAAAGCUCCAGAAGUGUGGAUCGAGGACAGGGAAUGUGUUGCAGUGUAGGAUGAGGAGUGGGAACAUCCUGUGGCACAGGAAGAAGGAGAACAAAGAUCUCACAGUGUGGGAAGAGGAGGGCAGACAGCCAGAGGUGUGGGACCAGGACAGGGGACAUCCGGUGGCGUGGGAAGAGCACAGUGAACAUCACACCACGGGGAAAGGGAAGGGACAGCAUCUCCCUGUGUGGGAAGAGCACCAUGAACUGUUUGGGAAGAGGACAGUGACCCUCUCUCUGUUGAGGUCUCAUGGGCUGAGCAUUCUGACAGCAGCACAGCCUCACAGCCAGAAGGGAGAGGAGAGAGGUGCUUCAUGCAGCUGAGCACAUCUGCUCCCUGUCCUGCCUGCCAGAGCAGAGUGUGAGGUGUGUGUGCCUGAGCAUCAGCUGUGCUCAGUGUUCCUCUGCAGCUGAAUGUCAGAGUCCUUUAUUGCUCUUGCCCACCCAGAGCAUGGAGCUGCAUUUUGACUCUCCUGCUGGGUGGGGUCUCCAUCUUGGAGUGACCACCUUUCCUGUUGUUAUUUUCAGGGAACACUGUGAGCCUGGGGGAGCCUGCCAAGAAACACACUGAAGCUGAGCCAGCUGGCCAAGGCUACCUCUUGAUGAAGAUCUCUGGUUGGUGAUGGAGUCCAUGGAUGGAGGAACUUCACAGGAUGUUGUUAGACAGACAUGUCUGGCUGAAGGAGGGAUGGCAGCUGUCAGCCAUGAGGAGAGGGCUCCUGCUUGUGCUGCCCAUGGCUUGGACAUGAUGGUCCUCCAAAAGAGAUGGUGAGAACAGGAAUGGCUUCAUGCUCAGAGCUUUGUUUCUGUGUUGUUUUUAUGCCCUGGAGAAGAGAUAGCCUCUUAAAUGAACUGCCUGUAAGUAUCCCUGCACUUCUGCUCUUUCUCUUCUAUUACUCUUUCAUACUGUCGUUGUACUCUGUUGCUCUCUCUGUUGAUUUUGUUUGCUGUUCUCCACUUUACUUUGGACCCUUUGUCUGGAGUUUGUCUGCACUGCACUCCUUGCCUGUCGAAGCAAAGUUUUUACCCUCAUGUUUUUUGAAUAAAAACUCUGUUAAACCUCAA